AUGGUGUCGUUCAACUGCGACGGCUGCGGAGACGUGGUCAAGAAACCCAAACUCAUCCAACACUACAACCGCUGCUAUGCACCGGUCACCUGCCUGGACUGCUCGAAGCAGUUCAAUUCGCCCAACGAGUUCAAGGCGCACAAUAGCUGCGUGAGCGAGGCGGAGAAGUACGAGCGCACCGUGUACAGGGGUCCGAAGCAUGCCGACUCGCAGAAUGGGACGUCGCAGAAGGGCAAGAGCCCGACAAAGGUGCAAAAGGUGGAGGAGGUGAAGACGCCCAGCAAGGCGGAGGAGAAGAGGGACGAGGACGUGGCAGUCGAGGCCGCGAAUGAGGGCGAAAGCUCUUCGAAGAGCGAGAAGAAGGAGAAGAAAGAGAAGAAAGACAAGAAGGAAAAGAAAGAGAAGAAGGAGAAAAAAUCCACGGCACCGGCACCCGUCGAAGUCGCCGACGACGCCUCCGGCUCUGACAUCGACCCCGCCGAGCACGACCAGGACGACCCGAUGCAGGCGGCCUCUGAAGAAGCUAGAAUCAUCAAGCCGCUUUCCACCUCGGAACUCGAAGCAUUCCAGAAGAAGCAGCGCAAGUUGGGGAUCGUGUACAUCUCGCGCAUCCCUCCCGGGAUGACACCCGCCAAAGUGCGUCACAUUCUCUCGAACUUUGGUGAGCUCGGACGGAUCUACCUUCACCAAGAUUCGACCAAACCCGGGGAGAGCAAGAAGCGCUCUUCCGUGGCGCACUAUAGCGAAGGCUGGGUGGAGUUUACGUCGAAAAAAGUGGCCAAGGCCGCAGCGGAGAUGCUCAACGCCCAACCGAUUGGUGGACUUGCCGCGUCCAACUCGAAAAAGUCGGGAUCCGGUGGUGGCAGCAGUAAGAUGGGUAAGAGCAGCAAAAGAUUCGCCGACGACGUGUGGACCAUGAAGUAUCUUAAAGGGUUCAAGUGGCACAUGCUUUCGGAGCAGAUGGCCCAGGAGAGGGCAAGCCACGCCGCGAGGCUGAGGACCGAGCUCAGCCAAAGCGCUUAUGAGCAGAAGGACUAUCUCAAGAAGGUCGAGAGGGCUAGGGUGCAGAAGGACAAGCUGGAGAGGCGGAAGAGGAAGGCCGAGGCGGUGGGAGGCGAGGUGGAUGACAAGUCAGGGAUGGAGAAGAGCAGGACGUUCAAGCAGAGGAAGGUCGUGCAGAAGGAUGUGCGUGAUCAGGCGUAG